AUGGCCCGCUCAACCACCCACAUGCUCACCAUGCUGGCCUUUGUCGUCACGUUUGCGACCACCAUGGUAGCCGCUGCCCCCGCCCCGACAUAUGAGUCCUUGCACGCUCCCCACCACGGCAACGCGGGAGAGUACGACGCCAGCAGCCCACCCUCGCCAGGACGCGUCGAGCGACCUGCCAACCUGCCCUACAUCGAGGUCCGCUGCGGCGGCGGCCAGCCCAACUUGCUGUGGACGCUGUACGGCGUCGCCAUUGGUGUUUUGGCCACCAUUGCUGUGACGCAAGAGCUGCAGCGUGUGCGUUGUCGCCGGGACCGUCUCGACAGGGCCGCUGCGACACCAUCCAGGGUGCCGGCAGACGUCAGGAGCUGCGCGUGCACUGCCGCCGCCGCUGCCGAAAAGGCGUAG